CAACAUUUUGGUGACGUUUGUGCAACGUGAUAUCGUCCGCUGGUUUUUAUAUCAACUUCCGCUUUUUCUCUGUAGUGAUAGAGCAAAGAAACGUUACCAAACGUUUUAUAAAGGAUUUCGGAAACGUUUCAUCGGCUCACAAACGUAAAUGGAGCACGGUAAUGGGGAUAACCCCGACUGGUCGAUACAACGACGAGUGGAGGGUUUUGUAAACAAACACAUGGCAGACAUUGCUCGAGAAACCCUCCAGCAGAGACUGACUGCCGUGUCAGAUGAGAUGCACAGUCUGGCCGAACAUGUUUCCAGACGCUCAGGGGAAGAGUUCAAAGACGACCCGCGGCAAGGUGACGUGAGCUUCGGUGUACAGCCGCCACUCUGCUCCGCCUGUAGCUCCGGAGCCGCAGACAAGUUACUUUCUGCCCCAUCCACAGAGACGGCUGCUCAGCGGAAGAUCAUCUGCCUACUGGUGGAGAUCCAAGAGGAGCAGCAGCGGCAGUGGGCAGUGCUGAGGGAUCUUCAGGCCCGCCUGCAGGGUCCAGCCGGCUAUGAGGUAGAGGAUGUUGAGGCCCUGGACAUGGAUCUCCCCCUGAGGACCCUGGAGCAGCUGGAUGACAUGGAGAGGCAGUUGGAUGACGCAGGAAUACAGAAGAGAAUGGUGUCUUACCUGUCCCGGAUGGGCGGGGCUACGGUUGAAGAUGCAGUGAGACGCCUUAUGCAGGCUGUGCUUUCAUUCGCUGUGGGUUCUGAGCUUAACUGGGUGGGCCGCGGACAGAAGAGAAGCUUCAGGAACACUCGCCUCCAAGGGGUCCUCUUCUGCGCUCUGAAACGAACACCGGUGGGUAAGGAGGCCACACAUCACCAGUACGCUGACGUGGUGAAGAAAUGGCUGCGGUUUGCUCCGUUCAGACAGGGAGGGACCGGCCGUCGCUGCUACAAAGCUCCUGUGGAGUUUCCAGAUUCCGAGGAAACUGAGAGUUUUAACCAGAGCUGCACACACUGACACUUAUGGUAUCCCAAGAUACCUAAACAUGAUGGUUUCCAUUCUGGGACAAGAUAUCCACAUGUAAAAAAUAAAACACA